GGGGAAGUGCGAAAUAUAUGACAGGAAACUGUUGAAUCUCUUCCCUAUCUGAAGAUGUCGAGGCUCACUCUGUGGUUGUCAGUCGGGGUGUUUGUUUGGGGAUUUGCUUCUUGCUCUAUCACGUGUCCUGAUGGGAGUACUUGCUCAGACAUCUCUACCUGCUGCAAGACUGAGUAUGGAUAUGGCUGCUGUCAGUAUCCAAAAGCGGUGUGCUGCGCAGACAUGGCCCACUGCUGUCCGUCAGGGUAUCGCUGUAACCUGGUGACACAGCUGUGUGAGAAACUGGACCAGCCGUGGCUGACCAUUCCCAUGGUGAAGAAGGACGCUGCACAGAAACUUACAUAUCCUUUCCUCUAUAAGCCAGCGCUGCCUUCAGUACCUGCCUUUGUCAUCCCUAUGUCAGAGGACAAACAGAGCAUGAAUGAGAUACCAGAACCAGCUCUAACACACGUCGGCUCCCCUGAGGCUCAAGUCAUUCGUUGUGAUUCCCUACAUUACUGCCAGGGGGGGAUGUCUUGCUGCCAGGCAUCCUCAGGCCAGUGGAACUGCUGUCCCUACCCACUGGGCCAGUGUUGUGCAGAUGGUCUGCACUGCUGUGAGUAUGGAUACACCUGUGAGGCCUCCUCCUUGAAAUGCAGAAAUUCUUACUCUGCAUCACAGGAAGCUGUUGAAUUUCUUCACUAUCUAAAGAUGUUGAAGAUUACUCUGUGUUUGUCAUUCGGUGUGUUUCUGUGGGGAUUUGCUUCAUGCUCUAUUGCAUGUCCUGAUGUGAGUACUUCCCCAAACAACGCCACCUGCUGCAAGGCUAAAAUCAGCUUUGGCUGCUGUCCUCAUGCCAUGUGCUGUGCCGACCGGGUCCACUGCUGCCCUUCAGGAUAUCGGUGUAACCUGGUUACCAUGAAUUGUGAGAAAUUAGACCAGCCGUGGCUGACCAUACCCAUGGUGAAGAAGGAAGCUGCAGAGAAACCAAACACCCCUGAACUACCUGGAACUCCAGUCCAGGAGCUUAAAGAGAGCCACGUCCCAGAUCAAAUAAAGAAAUCAAUGGUCUACUGUGACAGUUACACCUACUGUCCUGAUGGCACUACUUGCUGCAGACACCCACAAGGAGGCUGGUUCUGUUGUCCCUACUCUCCUGGCAAAUGUUGUCUGGAUGGCUACCACUGCUGUCCAAUUGGAUUUGACUGUGACCACACCUACACGCACUGUGUGAGGGAAAAACUCACAUAUCCUUUCCUCCGCAAGCCAGCACUACCUUCAGGACCUGCGUCCUUCAUCCCAUCUUCAGAGGAAGACGACAAUUUGGGAGUGUCUGACCUGUACUAUAUAGAGCUGUGUGUGAUACAGCAGAAGGGAAAGUGUGAAAGGCAUCACAGGAAGCUGCUGAAUUUCUUCAAGAUGUUGAGGAUCACUUUGUGUUUGUCAUUCGGUGUGUUUCUGUGGGGAUUUGCUUCAUGCUCUAUAAUGUGUCAUGAUGGGAGUACUUGUCCAGACACCGCCACCUGCUGCAAGGCUAAAAUUGGCUUUGCCUGCUGCCCAUAUCCAAAUGCCAUGUGCUGUGCCGACCGGGUCCACUGCUGCCCGUCAGGAUAUCGCUGUAACAUGGUUACCAUGAAAUGUCAGAAAUUAGACCAGCCGUGGCUCACCAUACCCAUGGUGAAGAAGGAAGCUGCAGAGAAACCAGCCCCCCCUGAACUACCUGGAACUCCACUCCAGGAGCUUAAAGAGAGCCACGUCCCAGAUCAAAUAAAGACUUCGGUGGUCUACUGUGACAGUUACACCUACUGUCCUGAUGGCACUACUUGCUGCAGACACCCACAGGGAGGCUGGACCUGUUGUCCCUACUCUCCUGGCAAAUGUUGUCUGGAUGGCUACCACUGCUGUCCAAUUGGAUUUGACUGUGACCACACCUACACGCACUGUGUGAGGGAAAAACUCACAUAUCCUUUCCUCCGCAAGCCAGCACUACCUUCAGGACCUGCGUCCUUCAUCCCAUCUUCAGAGGAAGACGACAAUUUUCUGCAAACACCAGAGCCAGCUCUAACACAAGACAGCGCCAGCUCUCCUAAGGCUCACGUCAUUCACUGUGAUUCUCUACAUUACUGCCAGGGGGGGAUGUCUUGCUUCAAGGUAUCUACUGUCCCCACCCACUGGUAA